UAGUUGAAAUUAAGUCAAAUUUCAAUGAAACAUUUUCAAUGUUUACAUCCGAAUAUUUUAUGUUUGUGUUAGUGAAUUUUAAAAAUAUUUUCAAAUUUUUCCGAAUUUAACGGUAAUAGCUCUGUUCGCCACCCCUAGCCAUUACCACAACUACUACAAACAUUUUCUGUAGAUCUAUUCGCAUUUAGUCCCAUAAAUCAGGGGGACGAUAAAUUUGAUUAUUUUUGUUUUUGAAGAAAAGAAAAGAGGAUUGAGCAAAAAAAGUUUUUGUUAAAUUAAUUAAAAAUGUACUAUAAUAUUGAGUAAAUAGUACGCAUAAGUGCAAUUACAUUAGUUUAACUUUUAAUAAUCCGACAAAUGCUUUAAAUCAUGACGGAAAGUGGAGCAAGAAAGCAAAACUUCAAAAGUUAUAUAGCUGAGAGUAUAGAGACAGCAGAAGAUGCCAACAACUAUGAUCCAUCAUUUCAUCAUGGUGAGUUGGAAGUUGCGAGAGCAAAGAACGUCACUAUGUAUAUUGCCCAAAAGAUUAAGGCACAAACGAAGAAAGUUCAGAAACUUCCCAAUAAGAAGCGAAUAGGACUUUUGAUAAUUACUAAUUUUCGACUAUGCUUCGUUGCUUUGGACGAUAAAAGUAGCAGUGGUUUUAGGAGAUCGCCAGCAUAUCAAGAAAAUGCUUUCUUGUCAAAAUAUGACAUCACAUUAUCAAAUAUGGAUGAGAUAUAUGCGUAUACUGAUAAAAAACAUAAACUAGUAGUUCCUCAAAAUAAGAAUGCUUCAAAAAUAGAUGCGAUUCGAAUAUUAUGCAAGAAUUUUCGCAUGCUUACAUUUGAUUUCACCGAGAAUUGUGAAGUAGGAAGAGGCAAAUACAUUGCUGAUGCCCUUUUGCAAUUUGCAUUUCCCACGCGACACAAUUUGCUGUUCAUGUAUCAUUAUAGAGAAAAGUAUUACAAUGCAUCACAAAGUAUUCGGACGUUUAGCGAAGAAUAUGAUUGGACACAAGAACUACAACGUUGUGGUAUAUCUAGUCAAAAUGGUGCUUGGCGAGUUCUGUCACGAAAAUCUCCAGAAAGUGACGCACUGCCAAGAUGUUUUGUUAUUCCGCGACAUCUCACAGACGAAAAGUAUUUUGAACUAUGUAAAUCAUUUCGAAGUAGACGAGCUGCUGUUUGGGUAUUUAGCUUAGAGAAUGCGUCACUUCUUCGCAUGGCUGAUCUUUUACCAGAACUCUUAAAUAAUCCAAAGGAAGUAAUGCAUUCAAAUGAUAAUCUGAUGCUCGAGCAUAUAAGGAUGUGUGCUAGCUUGAAGUGUCCACCACAUUGUGUGGAAUUAUCGAAAGGCCUUCCAUCAAUUCAAGAUGUGCAGCAAAGUUAUGUACGUUUAAGGACAUUAUGUUCGCCAAUUAGUGACCGAGAACUUACAACACAAGACGAAAAGUUCUUAACACAUUUAGAGAAAACUUGUUGGCUUCUCUACGUCUCAUUAUGUAUUAGAACGGCUAAUGAAUGUGCGAAAAAUCUACAAAAUGGUGAAUCUGUUGUACUUCAGGAAUUUGAAGGUCGCGAUAUGAGUUGCGUAAUCUCGAGUCUAAUUCAAAUAUUACUCGAUCCAUUGUGCCGUACAAUUCAUGGCUUUCAAGUACUCAUACAAAAAGAAUGGGUUGCUUUAGGACAUCCGUUUUGUGAUAGAUUAGGUCAUGUCUAUAAUAAGCAGGCAGAACGUUCACCGCUCUUUUUACUCUUUUUGGAUUGCGUUUGGCAAGUUCUUCAGCAAUUUCCGGAAGCUUUUGAAUAUUCUGAAAUAUUUUUGACAACACUUUGGGAUACAGUUUUUAUACCGAUUUUUGAUACAUUCCAAUUUAAUUGUGAGGCUGAUCGUUUACAAGCUGUUGCUGAGGAGCAUCUCGUCUUGAGGCCUGUUUGGGAUUGGGGUGAAAUGUUGUACGAGAAGGAUAUUGCAUUGUUCGUAAAUCCGCUUUAUAAGAAGCCACAAAUGAGUGAGCAAGAAAUUGAAAAUAAUCGUAAAUCUCGAUUGCCACCUAGUGCUUUAAAACUGCCUGGUAUGGAUAUAUUGUCUAAAAAUCCGAAACAACGAUUCUCGUUACAACCGAGAAAAUUAAUUGACACAGAAUCACAUCUUUUAAGGCCUUCGGAAGUCUUGUCUCAUACUGCUGAAUCGCCACCAAAGAAACUAGAGCCAUCCACUUCUGCUGCAUCUGCUACUUCCACUGAUAAGAGCAAGUAUUUGAAACCGAGCCAUCACUUAUGGGAUUUGGAGAUAUUUUCGCCAUGCUAUUAUAGAUUCAUGCCACUCUUAGAAAUCGCUCAAGGAGGCUCUGUCCAAAGUGACUUGAUAAAUCGCGUAAUCCUUAACAAGAUAUAUAAAUAUCAGAAAGCAAUUGAAACUGAAAACUUUAGUGAUCUUCCAGUAGAAGAGUCACAACAGCCAGAGGAGAAUGAUGAAUUUGAUUUGAAUAGUAGUGCAACAAAUAGUAAUAAUAAGAGAGUUCCUGUUGUAAACUCAUACUUUCCAUUUUCGUAUGACGAUGGUGAUUUGGAUAACACCAAUUUAAAUGAAAUCCUUUUAUACAAUUCAAUGUCCGAAGGAUCGGUGCUUGAUGUUGACUUGUAAGAUGCCUAAAAAAAUCAAUUUUUUGUAAAUUUUUUCACUAGUUUGCCACAUGUUGUAAGAAAAGUAUUUUUUUUUUCAUCGUCAAAUAGAUUAAUCGUUACACAAAUAGUGCUUCAAAAAAAAUUGAUAAUUAACACAAAAGCAUUAUUACUACUAUUAUUAUUCCUAUUAAAAAAACAAAUAAAUGCUUAUAUUAAACACAGAA